CCAACACGCCAGUCUGAGUCUGUGUCUCUGUUACGUCAUCGCAAGCCCGACGCGGGGGACAGUUCCGUCUCUGUAUGCCUGUGCUGCGUACGUGACCAAGCACAAGAGGAGAGGAGCAAGGAAAACAGGAGUUGUUGACUUCUCACCGAACUCGCUCGGGAUUCAACUUUCAGGGCGUGAACAAUUUUUGGCUGCUGGGUGCACGGUGUCAAAUCUGACAAGGGGGUCUCUCUGCUGUUGUUCAGUCACAAAGCGGUUUCACACGACACACAGCGAGGCGACGGCAGCCAAGAGGCAGCUGAGGGGUGAGAAAGAAUUGCUGGUGAAGGGUACUGCUUAGAGGUGGAGGAGCACAGCUACGGUGGAGUAACCGUCUGGUCCGCGGUUUCAGGCUACGAAUGUCGGAGUCGAAGGCGCAGCCGCGAAGGCGGCGAUCGAAGUUGAAGCCAGGGAUGUGUCUCAAGGCUUUCCGGCUGGAGUGCGAACGGGACGCAAGGGGAACCGUGAACGUCGAGGCGCACGAAGUCCACACAGUGAUUGGCGAAGACGACAAGUUUGCGGAGUCGUACAUCAACCCGGACGACGGCUUUUUUCGCCGAGAUCCGCUGUCGUACGAAAGGAGGAGGAUAUACGAACGGUCGUCGUUCAACAUACAACGUCCACGUCAGCGCUUGAAGGCCCUCGAGACGGAAACUGACGCGAUUAUCAUCCACGUCAGCGACGAGCCACUCGAACCCAAGAGGUUUCCCCCAAUGAAAAAAACUCCGGGUGGGGGUUUCCGUGAAACAAACGCCACCGAGGUGAUAUUCGGAAUGGAUCCCAGCCAUGGAUGCCCUCGCCCAUGGGUGACUCCGGUGGCCUUCCGACUGAUCAAGGAAGUGUGGGAGCAGGUGACCAAUGCCGGGGGCGUGUUCACAGCGGACUACGACUUGAGCAAGUCUGGCUGGGCUAUUUUCCACACAAUUUACAUCUGUCCGGCGCCGGGCACCGCGAUGUACGUGCAGGCAUUCAGAGUUGAGCCGAAAACGGUCCAGUGUUGUAGCUCCGGGUGGGACCACGUGGACAAGCCGUUGUUUCGCUCUGGCGGGCGAUUGUUCAAUGCGGACUUUUCGCCGAUGAAGGUGGACGUCCUAGACCCGGUGAUUUUCAAACCCAUCCGGCGACUCCUAAACAAUCCGCCGGCUCUGACCGCUAAUGCCGACGCGGCGAGGGUGUAGUGCUGCGGAUGGCGUCAGAACGAGCGAGGUGUUUUCGGAGGAUUCCCCUCAUAUCGUGCUUUUUGACAGAUUGUAGGGACGGAAAAGAUGUCUCGAGGGUUGAAGUUUGUCAACGAUGUUGUCCGUCGAGGAUUGUGGUGGUAUGUUGUGCAAAGCCCAUUUAUUCAGUAUGGUAGUCUUCACACGCCCGUUAGGACCCAACCAUACCAAACAAAGGUUGAAAAUAUAUUCGCCAUGUUUUUUCUUUCAGUUUUUGUUUUCAACGUUGUCCAAAACGUAGCGCUUGGAUGUGUGGGUGUGGAUUAAGGUUAGGGUUAGAGUUGUGUUGUUUUGGGUGGGGUCAGGUCAAACUCUACCCAAACUUUCGACGCUUCGUCGAACAUGCAGGGCGAGAAAGGUGAUUUGGGUGUAUUUUUUUUUAGGGUUGAAGUUGUGUGGGUUUCGCAGCUUGCCGACCUCUAGGAGUUUGAUUGAUUUCAAGGUCUAGGCAGUUUUUAGUUCACGCCAAAGAGAUGUUUACUGCGCUCAAGGUAACUUAAAAAGGCCGUGCAAUACGCGGCUCAUACAAGGGCACGGAUAGUUUUGCCGUCUGCAUCGGGUUGACGGUGAAGCCUUCAGGCGCUCGAUGAAGAUUGAGAAGGGCUCCAGUACUACAGCCAAACUUUUAAAUAUCACAGCAGCAGAUUCAGGUUCUCAAAUAGCACUGUUCAGUGAUCGAAACGGCGAAAACAAUUCGUGCAGACCUCGGGCUGCUGUAUUUAAAUUCUCGCCGAAUACAUGCUCCAGGAUAGAGAGCUCUUAACUCGCGUGUUGGGCAUGACUUACCGUAUGGGGCUAGACUGGCGUGAACGGCCAGGUCGCAGUUCGAAGGCUUCGGAUUAGCCGGGGGGCGAGUGGCGAGUGAUUGGGCAGAGGGGGGCGGACG